CCCCCCCCCCCCCCAUUCUUCUUCUUCUUCUUCUUCGGUGAACAUUUAACAUAUGGUUCAUGGAUUCCUUAAGUGAUCUUCUAGCAAAAGAAGGAUUCGUACGUGACAAAAAAGUUCAAUUAGUUGCAGCCCCUGAUCACGACUCCAUUGCUUUACCAAUUUACAUCUGCCAUAACCGCCCCAAGCACCGCAGGACAGCCUCCUCAUCAAAACAACGACGUCGUCCUUCAAACGAACCCGCCAUCGAUGAAGUUGCCACCAAAGCUGUGAUCUCCAUCUUAAGCGGCUACGCUGGCAAGUACUUGAAGGACAAGGGGUUUCGAGAUUCCUUGAGGGACAAGUGUUUGGUGAAUAGGACCAAUGGGUUGUUGGAUAAUAUGGAGCUGGGGAUUCAGAGCAUUGAGAAGUUGAUUGAUAAUCCGGGUACUGUCAAGGAAAUGAAGGUCAAGUUGUUGCGGAAUUCGAUUGGCUUUUUGACGAUUGUUGCCUCUUUGAAUUCCACAAAAGGGACAGGGGAUUCGAAUUCACAGUUGUCUGCUUGCGCGCAGCUUUAUUUAUCCAUUGUUUAUAAAAUUGAGAAGAAUGAUAGGAUUUGUGCCAGACAUGUCCUUCAGGUGUUUGUUGACUCACCUCACUUGGCUCGAACGCACUUGUUACCGGAUCUUUGGGAGCAUUUUUUUCUUCCACAUCUUUUGCAUCUUAAAAUAUGGUAUAAUAACCAAACCGAAAGUAUUUUGGAUCAUCUGGUGUCAAGGGAUCAAGAAGAACAGAUCAAGAAGCAUUUGAUCAAGGUUUAUGAUGAACAUAUGGAUAUGGGUACGGCUCAGUUUGCACUUUACUAUAAGGAAUGGCUUAAAACUGGUGGGCAACCUCCUGCUACCCUUCCUUCUGUGCCUUUGCCGGCGAUCAAUUUGUUUUCAUCUUCAUCUACACGGCGACGAAGAAGUUCAUCGUUGUUCAAUAUCUUUUUACAUCGCACCAUUUUUGGUAAUGAUGCUGAGAAACAACCAUCAACGGAGAACGACUAUGGAGCUAUGGAACAAAAGACAGAAAACGAAGAACUGUGCAUAGAUGUUUAUAACACCAACCAACAAAUCAAUACUGAAAGUAGACCCAUCAUCGAUCCUCCAUGUGAAGGCAUUAAAACACCAACCCAAGUGACACAUUCACACGUGAAUUCAUCUUCAUCAGACCUAACCCAAGCCAUUUCCACUAUCAGCAGUUCACAAAGUUUAGUCGAAUGUGAAAUGGCGAUUCGGGCCAUGGCCAAAGCAUGGCUAGAUGAUCCACUGAUUGAAAACACAUUAGCUAAACCAUUAGUGAUAGAAGGUAUGCUAGAAGUGUUGUUUUCUUCUGACAAUGAAGAAAUCUUGGAACUAGUAAUCUCAUUAUUAACCGAAUUCGUUGCAAGAAACGAGUUGAAUGGGAAGAUGAUAAAAAACUUCGACCCACAGCUCGAGGGUUUCAUGAAUCUAAUGAGAAACAGCAGCCUGUUCUUGAAAGCAGCAGCUCUACUCCAUCUAGUGAAGCCAGAAGCCAAACAAAUGAUGUUGACGGAAUGGGUUCCUUUAGUGUUACGUGUGCUUGAAUUUGGAGAUCAAACACAAACAUUAUUCAGUGUUCGUUGCAGUCCUCAAGUUGCAGCAUAUUACUUCCUUGACCAACUUCUCUGUGGGUCUGACCAAGACCGGAUGGAGAAUGGGAGACUAGUGAUUUCACUUGGAGGGUUGGGUUUGUUGUGUAGAAGAAUGGCGACUGGGGACAUUGUAGAGAAGAUCAAGGGGGUUUCCAUCAUUUACCGGUGUAUCCUAUCAGAUGGAAGGUGUCGCCACUACUUAGCCGAUAAUUUGAACCCUGAACUUAUAUUUGAGCUCAUGGUCCACGAUUGCAGUGAUACCACAAUCUCUUUGCUUGUUGAGUUAAUCUGUCUCCAUAGAUUCGAGCAAAGAACAAAACUUUUCGAAAAGAUUUUGAAGGGAUGGGACUGCUUGAGCACUAUGCAAAUCUUGCUAGUUUGUUUACAGAGAGCUACACUUGAAAAACGCCCUUUGGUUGCUGCUGUGAUGUUUCAGCUUGACCUUAUGGGAGAUCUUCUAGAGAGUAGUGUUUAUCGUGAGGAGGCAAUAGAGGCGAUAGUCGAAGCCUUGGAAAGUAAAAUAUUAAAUGAAAAUGUUCAAGAACACGCAGCCAAAUCGUUAUUGAUAUUAGGAAGCAGGUAUUCUUACACGGGUACACCGGAAGCAGAAAAAUGGAUCUUGAAAGAAGCUGGUUAUGAUGAGAGCUUGGAGGGUGGCUUCCAUGGCAGAUAUUAUGUCGUCCAAGGAUCCAAAAACUUGAAUAAUGAAGAUGAGAUAGAGCACUGGCUAAGGAAAGCUGCAAUGUCAUUAUGGAUGAGUGGAGGCAAAAAACUGAUAGGGGCACUUGGUGAAUCGAUAGCUAACGGGCUCCCUAGUUUGGCACGCGCGAGCCUGGUGACAAUUUCCUGGAUUAGCAAAUUUGUGCAUACAGUUGGGGAUGGAGAUGUUCUUCACAGCAUUGAAUUUUCAACUCUUAUACAGCAUUUGAUACAAUGUUUGAACCGUGACAACGCAAUGGAAGAAAGAGUUCUUGCCUCGUUUUCUUUACUCUCUCUUUCCAAGAGUUCAGGUUUUCUGUUUGAGAUCUCUGAUGAUGAGAAAAAUGCGAUGGUGAUUCAUCUUCGAAGCAUGUCAAAAGUGACAUGGACUGCAAAAAGACUUGUUACCAUCAUAGCAGGAAGUCCAUCAAGAAGAUAGUCAGGCUAUAAACAAAGGUGUGCCAAUCUGACCACCAUCACUGCUGCUGCUGCUGCAGCAAGCAUAUAUGAGUGUACAAAUUAUUUCCUCCAUUUUUAUUUCGUUUGGAAGUAAUUGUUCUUGUUUAUACUGGUAGUUUUCUUGUAAAGCAACUGGAUACAUACAUUAUUUCACAAUGUUACCGUGAAUCAAUGUUUUAAAUACCGGCCGGUUAUACCGGAUACUGGACACAGGCCCGGUAUGAUAAAGGCUCGUAAAACCCAAAUACGGCAUGUCUUAUCUACCGGUGGUAAAUCCGGUUUUACCAGUUUAUAAACCGUUGAACCAGCUUGCAUUAUCUUAAAAUUUGAUUUUAUAAUUUUAAUAAAAUACGAUAUUAAG